AUGAUAAAUGAAACCACUUCACCAUCUUCAUCACCAUCUCCACAAUCCCCACCUUACUACGACCUUUCAUCUGACACUGAACCCUCUGACCCUCACUCCCCCACUUUGGCUCAGCUCCAAGACCAUUCCCUGCCCUCUCAAAAGCCAUCACAUUCUAACCCUAAACCUGAAGUCACUUCCCCACCUUCGGAAAAUCCAAACACAACCACUUCUGAACCUCCACCAUCAGAACCAACUCACCCUGAACCACAACCCUCAGAACCAAUCCACUCUGAAUCACAACCAUCUGAACCACCACACUCUGAAAUACCACAACCCAUCACUUCCACUGACCAAACAACUCCCACACCCAGAGAAGCUGAGGAACGGGCAAGACAUGAAGCUGAAGAGAAAGCACGCCAAGAGGAACUUCAGAGAAUCAGAGAAGCUAAAGCCAAGGCUCUUGCUAAUGCUACUGCUGCUGAAGCUGAGGAAAAAGCCAAAGCCGAUGUUGAAGAAGCAGCGCGCCUUGCUGAAGAGUCUGCUGCCAAAGCCAGAGCUAAUGAACUGACUCAGGGGGAGUCCUCCAAUGCUGGAUUCGUCCCUCUGGUCCUGAAGACUCUCAAAGAGAUGCAGAAGUAA